GCCAUGGCCAUUUAUAAGUAAGAAAUAAUAAAAAAGAAAUUAUUGGGCUUAAAGAUGUCGGCCCAAAAAACGAAAGUGGCAGAAGCCCAAGGUUUCUGGUCCAAACAACAAAACCAAGUCUCAAGAUAUCGCCUAAACCCUCGCCGUUCUGAUUUUCCCGCGAUUGGACAUUUUGCUAUGACGACCCAAGUCUUAACGUGGAGCCACUGAACCAUCAAGGACUCGUUGCUGCUGUUUCGCUCUCAUUCUUAUUUCUCCGCCAUUCAGCCGAGUUGAGAAAUGUUGCUGUUCUGUAAAGGAAUGGAGGUGUUGGAAAUCGUUGCGAACAUCUAGGAUGAAUGCUCGAUCAUACGUCAAGGUUGUCCUCAAAGUCCGACUUCCAUAUAGUUGACUUGUUCGUUGGGUUAGAACAAGUCGUGCACAAUCGUUGUCCCACUACCACAAGAGUACAAUUGUGACAAGUGGUAUCAGAGUCGAGUUAGCUCCGUGAAUCUUAGUACACAAACAUGUCCACUGCAAAACAAUUGGGCAAGUCCCAGGCUGACCGAUUGGUAAAGAUUGAAGAUCAAUUACUCUACUCGAAUGAAGUUCUUGAUAGAAUGAAGCUUUUGGAGUCUUGCAUGAAUGAGAUUGCUAUUAAAGCCGACAAGAUCAACGAGAUGACAGGCCGCCUUGAAGCAAUGUCUGUCCGAGAAUUAAUGAUUAGGGUCGAGACCCUAGAAGAAAAGGCCGCAACUGUUGGUGGUUUCGAGUAUGGGGAUAGCUCGACAGGCUUUGUUGCCCGAAUGGAAGAACGCAUCGAGGACUUAAAAGAUAAUCAACAAACAAUUGUUCAGAUGGUCUCAGAAAUGUCUAAAGGUUUGAGAGCAACCAUUGGAGUGGUCAAAGCUGAAGUGGCGGAUUUGAACACCAAACUAAACCUCACCACGAGAGCAGUAGGGAACCAAACCCCAGUUGGGGGUGUAAUCCAAUACAUCAAGCUAAAAGUCCCAGAGCCCAAGCCCUUUUGUGGGGAUCGAGAUGCCAAGGCUUUAGAGAACUUUAUCUUUGACUUCGAACAAUACUUUCGAGCUACAAAUACCGUGGCAGAAGAAAUGAAGGUCACAGUGGCAACGAUGUAUCUAGACGACUAUGCAAAGUUGUGGUGGAGAUCCAAGUACAUGGACAUUCAAGAUGGUCGAUGUACUGUGGACACUUGGGAGAGCUUAAAACAAGAACUUCGCUCUAAGUUCAUCCCACACAAUAUCGAGAUAAUUGCAAGAAGGAAAUUAAGGGAGCUGAGGCAUACUGAUAAUAUUCUACACUACGUUAAGCAGUUUUCUGAGAUUAUGUUAGAUAUUCAUGAUAUGUCUGAAACAGACAAGGUCUUCAAUUUUAUUAAUGGGCUGAAGCCGUGGGCGAAAACCAAGCUCUACGAACAAAGAGUUCAAGACCUUUCCACCGCCUAUGUUACAGCCGAACAUCUAUUUGAUCUUAGAUCGAUCAAUCCCCAUCCAUAAGGAGGAACUAGACUUCCACAAGUGGAGGUAAUAACACGUCGGGAAAGUAAGGAGAAGUGAUAGAAUGACGCUUUUAUGUUCGGUAUGACUUUUUGAUAAGUUACUUCAUUCCGUACUUCCAUGGAUUCAUCUUUUGGUGUGAUGUAGUGCCAGCAAACUCCUAUUUAUGGUCUAUCAUACAUAUCUUAAUGUUCUAAUGUGUUCCCUUUGU